UCGGAAGUCAAAGAUCUCGAAGCCCCCCGCAAAACCCUCUUUUUACUUCAUUACAAAAACAAAACCAAACAAGCAGAUUUAGGAACGAGGGUCCGGAGUCUGGCUCGGGACCCACCACUACUGCUUGGAUUCCACCUUUCUCAUAUAUUUUUCUGGAAAUUGGGAACUUCCGAUCGUCUCUGGCUAGGUUUCGUUUGUUAGAUCUAAAACUUCUACUCGGGGCGGCCUGGUUAUAGAAUGGGUUCGAAACCAUGGCUGUACCCGGCUCCGUCUUAUCGGGCACUGGAGACAUAUUGGGAUAUCGACGACGACGCUCCUGGGCCUCGCUGCGGUCACACCCUUACUGCCGUUGCUGCCACUAAAUCCUGCGGCCCUCGUCUCAUUCUCUUCGGCGGCGCCACAGCCAUCGAGGGUGGAGCCGCAUCUGCUGCUCCUGGAAUCAGAUUGGCGGGUGUGACCAAUUCCGUGCACUCCUAUGAUGUUCUCACCAGGAAAUGGACCAGAAUCAGACCUGCUGGCGAGCCACCGUCACCAAGGGCUGCACAUGCUGCAGCGGCAGUUGGUACCAUGGUUGUUUUCCAGGGAGGCAUUGGUCCGGCUGGGCAUUCCACUGACGAUCUCUAUGUGCUUGAUUUAACAAAUGAUAAAUUCAAGUGGCACAGAGUGGUGGUACAAGGACAGGGACCCGGACCUCGCUAUGGCCAUGUGAUGGACUUGGUUGCUCAAAGAUAUCUGGUGACUGUUAGCGGCAAUGAUGGAAAAAGAGUUCUUUCUGAUGCUUGGGCUCUUGAUACUGCCCAGAAACCAUAUGCCUGGCAGAGGUUGAACCCGGAAGGUGAUAGGCCAUCUGCUAGAAUGUAUGCAACGGCCAGUGCACGAUCAGAUGGCAUGUUUUUGCUUUGUGGGGGAAGAGACUCUUCAGGCGCACCAUUAGCUGAUGCAUAUGGGUUGCUGAUGCAUAGAAAUGGUCAGUGGGAGUGGACCCUUGCUCCUGGGGUAUCUCCAUCACCUAGGUAUCAACAUGCUGCAGUUUUUGUUGGUGCACGACUGCACGUUACAGGAGGUGUUCUUAGGGGUGGACGUGCAAUAGAAGGUGAAGCAGCUAUUGCAGUAUUGGACACUGCUGCUGGAGUAUGGUUGGAUAGAAAUGGGCUGGUAACUUCAUCACGUGCGAACAAGGGUCACCCUGAUUACGAUCCCUCUUUGGAGCUUAUGCGUCGCUGUCGGCAUGCAGCUGCAUCGGUUGGUGUCCGAAUUUACAUUUAUGGUGGUCUUAGAGGGGAUAUGCUGCUAGAUGAUUUCUUGGUUGCAGAAAAUUCAUCUUUUCAGUCUGAUAUCAAUUCUCCUGCAAUAACAUCCGAGAGAGCAUCUCUUAUAACAAGUUCCAAAGUCAAUCAAUCUAAUACAAGUUCAUCUACGACAUUACCAUCCUCUGAUGGUGAACUGGAGAAUCCUUCCGCUGGAGGCAUGAGUUCUAUGGAGAAAUUGAGGGAGGCUUCUGCUGCUGAAGCUGAGGCUGCUAAUGCUGUUUGGCAUGCGGUUCAGGCUGCUUCUGCUGAAGACACAUCUGUUUCAGAUGACAACUCACGAGCUGCUGAAACAACUUCAGAUGGUAGUGACUACGAGGCUGAUGUCCGGUUGCAUCCAAGAGCUGUUGUAGUAGCUAAAGAGGCUAUGGGUAACCUGGGUGGAAUGGUGAGGCAAUUGUCUUUAGAUCAAUUUGAAAACGAGAGCAGAAGAAUGAUUCCAUCGAACGACUUGUCAUAUCCAACCAAGAAGUUCACCAGGCAGAAAUCUCCUCAGGGCUUGCACAAGAAGGUCAUUUCGAUUUUACUUAGACCUCGGAAUUGGAAAGCCCCAGCCAAUAGGAGGUUUUUUCUUGAUUCCUAUGAAGUCGGCGAGCUUUGUUAUGCUGCUGAGCAGAUAUUUAUGCAUGAACCGACAGUUCUACAGCUUAAAGCUCCAGUUAAAGUAUUCGGUGAUCUUCACGGACAAUUUGGUGAUUUGAUGAGGCUUUUUGAUGAGUAUGGAUUUCCCUCCACAGCUGGAGAUAUAACGUACAUUGAUUACUUGUUUUUGGGAGAUUAUGUUGACCGAGGACAGCAUAGCUUGGAGACUAUAACUUUGCUUCUCGCUCUCAAGAUUGAAUACCCUGAUAAUGUUCACUUAAUACGUGGAAACCAUGAGGCUGCUGAUAUAAAUGCGCUAUUUGGUUUUCGUCUUGAAUGCAUAGAGAGAAUGGGAGAGAGUGAUGGAAUUUGGGCUUGGACACGCUUCAAUCAACUAUUCAACUACCUUCCACUUGCUGCACUGAUUGAAAAGAAAAUUAUCUGCAUGCAUGGAGGCAUAGGGCGAUCAAUACACACGGUUGAACAAAUAGAGAAGCUUGAAAGACCCAUUACAAUGGAUGCAGGAUCUAUUAUUUUGAUGGAUCUGCUCUGGUCUGAUCCAACGGAAAAUGAUAGUGUUGAGGGUCUGAGACCAAAUGCUAGGGGGCCCGGUCUUGUCACCUUCGGGCCCGAUCGCGUUACGGAAUUCUGCAAGAAAAAUAAAUUACAGCUCAUAAUAAGAGCCCACGAAUGUGUCAUGGACGGAUUUGAACGAUUUGCUCAGGGACAAUUAAUCACUCUAUUCUCUGCCACUAACUAUUGUGGAACUGCAAACAAUGCUGGUGCCAUAUUGGUUAUUGGGAGGGGAUUGGUGGUGGUUCCAAAGUUGAUUCAUCCAUUGCCACCUCCCCUCCAGUCACCAGAGACAUCUCCGGAACGCAUCAUAGACGACACUUGGAUGCAGGAACUUAACAUUCAGAGACCUCCAACUCCAACCCGUGGCCGCCCACAGCCUGAUCUAGAUCGCAGUUCUCUUGCUUAUAUAUGAAUUUACUUGAUUGGUCAUAAGUUUAAGGAUCGGUGUGAUUCUCCAGUACCCUCAGUGAGCAACAUCUUCCGCCUUUCAACACAAAAAAUGAUUGCGCCAAGAAGUUUAUGGAAGAGAAAUACAACACUGAUGUGACACAGCAUAAAACAGUGGUUUAAUUUUUUGGCAUUUCAGUCACAUUUUUAUAGUUGUAAUAUAUGUGACGUUAGUUUGUGGGGGUACGUUAGGUUGUAGAAUCUGGUGCUGAACUUAGAUGAUUUUGCAGGGAUUGUGUUGGCGAUGUAGAAUAAACUAUUUGUGUAUUUAUUUUUCACCUCUACAUGUGUUUCGAACUGACUCUUAAUUCCCAAGUCUAAUCAGAAUAUAUUGGUGAUGCAUUCUUCACCUAAAGCUGUA